UUAUUUUGUUCAGCCUCUAUUGAUGGUUUUAUUAGGCUACAUAAUACUGUUGUUACAGUCAGUGGAUUAUUUGUGUAUAUUGUUUAAUCAAAAAAGAGAAAUAAAGCCCACUCUAGACAGUAUGCUUUUGUAGUCUACUGAGAACAUAAGAAAAUAGGACGCAUUUCAUGGUCGUAGCGGGGAAAAUAGCAUCCUGGCAGGGAGCGGGGGAGGCAGCACCGCGAUGCGGCGGCAGGCAAGCGCCCCCUCCCUCUGUCCUUCUCCCCUCUGUCUCCAUCAGCUCGUUCGGGUCGAUACAGUUACUGGUAAAUAAAAUGGAGAAUUUGUGGGCACUUGCUUGAGAUGAUACAAACAACUUUAAGCCCUGUACAUCUCGUAUUUUUCACGACUGCGCCUUUAAUCUACGAUAGGCCUAGGCUACGUGCUUUAUGUCUUUUCUCUUUUUCACAUCCAAGGACAUUGGUUGGAUACGAGCAGCGCGUAGCCGGGGGUCUCGUCGUUUGGAAACCAACAGAAAGGCAGAUCCAAAGUCUCAGGGCCCAGGUACCAGGAAGGAAGACAAAAACAUGAAUAGUACACCCAACACAACCACCUCCUCCACCCGCCGGGUCACUCGAGGUCCCCCUGAGUCUUCCAGGUUACGAUUAGUAGCCCAAGCUGGCCGCAAACCCGCAGUUAAGCCUACCGUAGCCCGGCAACAGAAAAACACAACCCAGUCAGGUGCAGCCAAUCCAAAGCCGAAGAACAGACGUGCCGUGUCCAAUUUGCCUCCUGUUGUGGCUGACCCAAACUGCAACGAGCCGAGCCUUCCCUGCCUCUGCUGCGAUGGCCGCUCACCGCAGGACAGCAACAGCCUCUUCAAUCACAACCACAACAACAACAACACCAUCACCAUGAGACAGCAGCUGCAACUGCAGCAGCCCUCUAAGCCCCACAAAGAGGACGAGGCCUGGCAGAGGAAGCCAGAGGUGGAGGCCAAAGCUGAAACUAAGCCCGAUUGUACCGUAGAAGAAAAGGCCGCAAGUGGCCCGGUUGCUCAGGUCGAAGAACAGAAGGAAGAAAUCCUAUUGGCUGAAGACAAGGAAAAGCUGGGUGAAGAAGACUCUGACAUCGAGGUUGCUGUUGGCCCAGGUGUAGACCCCAAUGGGAAUGAUCAAGUGGCAGUGGAAGAAGAAGAGGAUGAUGACGACGACGAUGACGAUGACACUCUUGUCCCUUCGUGCUGUGACUGCCCAGCUUCUAUGCUGGAGUUCUCUCUGUCCUGCUCCACCUCCUCCUCAUCCACGUCCAUUAGUAGCUGUUCUGACCUGGAGCUGGAUUGCCCCGACACAUACUCACUGUCAUCUCAAGACCAGGACAUCCCAGAACGGUACCCGCCAUCCCACUCUCCCACUGCCCAGCCCCACAUCCUACCCCUCAACCCUAAUACCCCCAUGGAUCACCCUUUGUCCCCUUGCUCGCCGGAUGAAGGCUACCCCUCGGCCCCAUCCUCUCCCUCAUCUGAUUUUGCAGGCAGCAAAGGGCAGACGGGCCAAUGUGGCACAAAAUCUGGCCUUCUACACUUUUUGGACUCCAUGGACGAACUGGGGAAAAUGGAUCGGUUCUAUCAUGUUGUUCAAGUGGUGUGCUGGGAUCUGGAUGAUGAGAUGGGCCUGAGGGAUCGUCUAGACCAUCUGUACAGACUGGAGAAGGUGAACCGGCAGGUGAAACUGUUCCAUCUGGCGAAGCUUCAAGACGCAGGGCUGGAAUUGGACGAGGAGGACUUCUCUGAUAUGUUGGACGAGAUGGGGAACAUCGACAUUCCUUGGAAACUGUACCAAAGUGAUAGCUCAUGUGAUUCCCAGGAAUUUUCCGAUGCUGGGGUGGACGUUACUGGCCCCUCAGAUUUAGAUGAGCCUGUGGUCCCAGACUCUCUAACCUCCUCACCCCUGGAGCCGCCCCCUCGUCCGCCCAAACCUCCCGUGAGACACGUGAGCACCCAGCCUGAGACUCACACAUACAUAAACAUCAGUCGGAGUUCGCCUGCAGCCUCCUCUACCACCUCCCCUAGAGCCACUGCUGUCAGCUCAUUGUCUCCUUCCUCACAUAAGAUCAAGAAACCCAUUCCAGAUCCUCCUCCCCUCCCUCCUCCCCCCUCUCAAGCCAUCCCCUACUUCACCCUCUACUCUGCCAGCCCCUGCGCCCCCACACCUACUCCCCCCAUCCCUCCCCCGAGGACUCGUCACCUGGCGCGUCGGGAGGCCCUAAGAUGUGCCCAGCUGCUGGCCGAGAGUACACCUUUGUCGCUGCCAGCCCCCACUUCAAAACCCCCUCCUCUCCCUCCUCCACCCACCCUCCCUUCUCCCCCCAAAAUCCCCCCACCACCGUCGCUGCCUCCUCCACCAUCUUUCCACGCGCUGGAUGUGGAGAUCCAUAAGCUGCUGGCAUUGGCUGGUCUCACUCAGGCCGAGCUUCUGAAGCUUAGCCCAGAGCUGGGAGUCUGCGUUGGCGGGGCCCUCGACAGCAGCCAGGGAGAGAAGGAGGAGGUGGCUGCCCCUGAGCCCGAGCCAGUCAAAAUAUCUCACCGCAGAGACAGCACGAACAUCAGUGGAGACAGAGCGAGCAAGUAUGACACAAAGGGGAUGGAGGUGGCAUGGACAGAUGGAUGGGGAGAGGCCGGGAAGUUUGGAGAACACAGAGGAGCAGAUGUAUCUCAAGGAGAACACACAUAUGGAGAUAGAAUACGUGAGGCGAAGAGGGACACCCUCGGAACAACCUCCUUCACAGACAUGGCACGGAGACGGAAGCAAAAUGGCGGAAGCGUUAACUCAGGCUGUAGCUGUGGAUACAGUGCUAACGCUAGCCUGAGCACUGAAUCGUAUUACACUACUGAUCUCUGCAACACCAACAGCACUAAAGUCACCUUUGAAAACUUCGACUACUCGUCUGAGAUGCCCGACACGCCUCCCCCCCCCCCCCUCGCCCUUUGCCCCCAUGUCCUCCUGUGACAUCAAAACCCCCCAAGCUUCCUC